CCCUCAUCCGCUGAAAAUUGCAUGUGCUAUAUCCUACAAGAGCGCCUUCCGUUGACUCACUGGACAACUCCGGUCCCCGGUUCCGCGCGUAUAAUUCUUAAAGUCGCCAGGUCUUCUUUAGAUCUUUUGUAUAUUAACCAUCUAUCGUGUUGUGUUCUACAUACAAUCGCCUUUCACCUCACGCUCUUUUAGUUACCUUACUUGCGCCGUCGAACCCCUCUAGUCCACGAUGCCUACAGUUCACAUGCUCGACUAUGUCGCGGGCAACGUCCGAUCCCUCGUCAACGCCAUUGAAAAAUGCGGAUACAUGGUAGAAUGGGUCCGGACCCCCGAAGACGUCUCGCGCGCCGAGAAGCUGAUCCUCCCCGGCGUCGGCCACUUCGGUCACUGCCUAAGUCAACUCGCGGGCGCGGGUUACCUAGCACCGAUACGCGCACACAUCGACGCCGGUAAGCCAUUCAUGGGGAUCUGCGUAGGACUACAAGCCAUAUUCGAGGGCUCCGUUGAAGACCCCGCGACACCCGGCCUAGGGGUAAUAAAAGGGGACCUGGACCGGUUCGACGAUACAAACAAGGCGGUGCCACACAUCGGCUGGAACAGCGCAAACGCCGGCGGCAAGAGCCUGUACGAUCUGCAACCCACGAGCAAAUACUACUACGUCCACUCAUAUAAAUACCCGUACGUAAAAGGCAAACUAGAAGACCAAGGCUGGACCGUAGCGACGGGUACAUACGGCGGGGAGGUAUUCGUGGGCGCGGUAGCCAAGGCAAACAUACUAGCGACGCAAUUCCACCCCGAAAAAAGCGGCGUUGCAGGUCUACGAGUAUUAAAAGCCUUCCUCACCGGCUCCGGCGCCGAAACAGUCGGCCAGGACAUAGCCGGGCCAGCACCAACAGGCGGUCUAACACGACGCGUCAUCGCGUGUCUAGACGUGCGCACGAACGACCAAGGGGACCUUGUAGUGACGAAGGGCGACCAGUACGACGUGCGAGAGAAGACGUCCGACCGAGGCGUACGGAAUCUCGGCAAACCGGUCGAGCUCGCGCGGAAAUACUACGAGCAAGGCGCCGACGAAGUGACCUUCCUCAACAUCACCAGUUUCCGAGACUGUCCGCUAGCCGACCUGCCUAUGCUCGAGAUCCUACGUCAGACCUCGAAGACCGUAUUCGUACCUCUUACUAUCGGUGGCGGAAUCCGGGAUACCGUCGACGUAGACGGGACCAAAGUCAGCGCGCUCGAGAUCGCAACCAUGUACUUCAAGUCGGGGGCGGACAAAGUGUCUAUCGGAUCAGACGCCGUGCUCGCGGCAGAAGAGUACUACGGCCUCGGACGCAAGCUCUUCGGCGCCACGGCCAUCGAGCAGAUCUCGCGCGCCUACGGGAACCAAGCCGUAGUCGUCAGCGUGGAUCCGAAACGGGUCUACGUACCGAAAAUCGAUGCGACGCGCCACAACACGAUCCAGACGAAGUUCCCUGGACCCAAGGGCGAGGAGUACUGCUGGUACGCGUGCACGAUCAAAGGCGGGCGGGAAACGCGGGACCUCGAUGUCGUGGAGCUUGUCCAGGCCGUCGAGGCCAUGGGCGCAGGCGAGAUCCUAUUGAAUUGCAUCGACCGGGACGGGACGAACAGCGGGUUCGAUCUCGAGCUGAUCGACCAGGUUAAGGGCGCGGUGCGGAUCCCGGUUAUAGCGUCGAGCGGGGCCGGGAACCCGGGACACUUCCAGGAGGUAUUCGAGAAGACCCGGACGGAUGCUGCGUUAGGGGCUGGUAUGUUCCACAGGGGCGAGUACACUGUUAAACAGGUUAAGGAUUACCUAGCCGAGAAGGGGUUGGAGGUAAGACAGUUCGAAGGGGAUUUAUAAUAUCUAAAAAGUGGGAUCUAAGUGAGGUAGUGGUAGGGGUUCAGAUGGGCAUAGGUUUUGGCGUGUUUGUCUCAUUUAAUUGCACAUGUUAGAAUAGGCGUUGAAGGAUUAGAUGCGGGAGGAAGAGCAUAAAAAAAGGAACGAUAGA